UUAUAAAAGGGACCAUUUGGGAUGCGGUGUUUGUUCAAGGGAUGUCCACAAAAUCUGAAUCCACAAUGGUUGUUUAAUUACAGAAUUGCCCCAAUUCUUCAUCCCAACUCUUAUCUCUAUUUUCUUUUUGCUUGUUUUCUUCUCUUUUGGAAAGUUAAUUUUUGUUCCUUUCCCAUAUGUUCUUGCCUGUUUCUUCCUUUUUAAGCAAUUUCUGUUUCGAUUCCAAACCCCACCCACAACAACACACAUUAUCGCCGAGGUUUCUCAACACAACAUGGUUGCUGCUGCUGCUGGUUUGGUUUCUCGUACUGGAAGGCAUUUGCAGCGUUACGAUAUCAGGGGUCGCCGCCAAGUUGUCGGAUGCAUUCCUUAUAGGUACAAAACUACUAACAAAAGUGCUUUGGAUAAUAUAGAGGAAUUGGAAGUUCUUGUGAUCAGCUCACAGAAAGGGAAAGGCAUGUUGUUCCCAAAGGGUGGUUGGGAAACUGAUGAAUCUAUUACUGAGGCUGCUUCAAGAGAAACUCUGGAGGAAGCUGGUGUUAGGGGAAUUGUUCAGAGUGAAUUAGGAAGUUGGAGUUUCAAGAGCAAAACCUAUGACACUUUCUAUGAAGGAUACAUGUUUCCAUUGCUUGUCAAGGAGCAGCUUGAGUUUUGGCCCGAAAAGAAUUUUCGACAACGAGUUUGGAUGAGCGCUCACGAAGCUCGAGAGGUUUGCCAGCAUUGGUGGAUGAAGGAAGCAUUGGAUGCAUUGGUGGGACGGCUUUCGUCGCAAAAGAAGCAACAGAUUGAAAAAGUGAUGCCGUGCUCGUUGAGCUAGCGGCGAUGGAGGAGGUCGUGUUUCGUCUCUUGUCGUUACGGUUUUCUUGUAAAUAAGAAUUUGGUGAAAGGCUACAGUUGCAGAGAAGAAGAGUAGUGAAAAGGAGAUGGUUAAUUAGGAAGAUUAUUAAAGUGAAGACGAAAGGGAAGAGAUUUUCUAGUUGUAGAAUCAUGCAGCUCAAGAACAGAACAAAAAAUACACCGCAGGAUGUCUGAUUGAGGUAAUAGAAACCUUUUUUUCUCCGAAGAACAGAGAUUUGAUUCUUAUCAGAAUCUCUGUUUUUUUGUUUUUAGAGUUUCAAUCAGACUCUCCCAAAGUGUAAUGAUUAUUCUUCUUCAAUUUUACAAUCAAACAAUAUU